CAGCUGCCAUGAGAGCAACUUGAUUUAUAAAAACCUGAGCGUGACUGUGUUCCUGUUUUUUAUUUGUUCCAUUUUUGGAUUAAAGGAGGAACGCUCAAGAAUGACUUCAAACAAAAGUGUCACCAGCAAAUCAGACAGGCCUGUUGCUGUUUUAUGGAGUUGUGAGUUGAACGCAAAUCAGCUGAUGCAGAAGUUUGAAAUUACAGAUGAUGAGCUCUGUGAACAUCAAUUGGUUUUGAAGACGAUCUGUUUGGGUGCUGCUGCAAAGGAUGAAAUGAACAUUGUGGAGAUUGUACCAGAGGAUGAGAGCGCUCCCAUUCCAAUAGCGACACUGCAGCUAUCCAUCUUACCAAUGACCAUCAUCUGUGGUAUUGAGCUGACCCCCCCUGUUACCUUCAGACUGAAGAGUGGGUCUGGGCCUGUUUACAUCACCGGACAGAACAUGGUUUUAGAAGACUAUCCAUGGGGUGAGGAGGAAGAGGGUGAGGAGGAAGAGGAGGAGGAGGAGGAGGAGGAAGAAGAAGAAGUGGAAACACCCCCAAAACCAGCAAAAAGACCUGCAUCCACCAAAAAAGCUGGCCUCUCAAAGAAGAAAAAGUUAGAAGCCGAGAAGUCAGAAGAGGAAUCUGGUGAGGAGCUGCGCACUAAAAAGGGGAAAGAGUCGAGCAAGGCGAAGAAGGUAGCUGUGAAGAAAUAAAUGCUUUUUGUACAGAGCCGAGGAAUUGAUUUUUGCAAGGUCGUCUGCAAAACCCAGAGGAAGGACCUAACUUAUUUUUGUAGAAUGUUGCGAUACAAUUAAUUGGAAUAAAGCUCACCC